CCCUCCGCCCUCCCUCCCUCCGCAAGACAUCCCGGCCCGGCCCGGCCGCCGCGGCCGCCUUCCCCGCCGGAGCUGCAGAUGUGGCGGAGCGGCCGGGUGCCGGGCGGCCGCGCCAGGGGAGCCCGCGCCCGCUGAGCCUGCGCCCCGGCCCCCGCCCGCUGCGGCCCCUCCCCGCGCCCCCGCCGCCCGCCCGACCGCCGGAGCCCGCGCCGGAGCCCGCGCCCCGCCGCGCCGAGGUUCCUGCCUGAAUACCAGCUUGCCAUCCAGCCCCAGCCCCCAUCACUAUGCACUCCUUGGACGAGCCGCUUGACCUGAAGCUGAGCAUCACCAAGCUCCGGGCGGCGAGAGAGAAGCGGGAGAGGACGCUGAGUGUGGUCCGGCACCGAGCUCUGCGCAGGGAGCUUGGCCUGGUGGAUGACAGCCCCGCUCCAUGCUCCCCGGGCUCCCCGCCCUCAGGCUUCCUACUGAACCCCAAGUUCCCUGAGAAGGUGGAGGGACGCUUUUCAGCGGCCCCGCUGGUAGACCUCAGCUUGUCACCAUCAUCGGGACUGGACUCCCCCAACGGCAGCAGCUCGCUGUCCCCCGAGCGCCAGGGCAACGGUGACCUGCCCACAGUCCCUACCGCCCCGGAUUUCCAGCCGCUGCGCUACCUGGACAGUGUCCCCAGCUCCUUCCAGUUCUUCCUGCCUCUGGGCUCGGGGGGAGCCCUGCAUCUGCCUGCUUCCUCCUUCCUCACCCCCACAAAGGACAAGUGCCUCUCACCGGAGCUACCCCUCCACAAGCAGCUGGUCUGUCGUUGGGCCAAGGUGAGUGGGGGCCGGGAAGAGGGGGGCAGGGCCUGGGGCCGGUGGCCUCACACGGGCUCAGAACCCUCCCUGGCCCCGCAGUGUAACCAGCUCUUCGAGCUCCUGCAAGACUUGGUGGACCAUGUUAACGAUUACCACGUCAAGCCAGAGAAGGAUGCGGGGUACUGCUGCCACUGGGAAGGCUGUGCCCGUCACGGCCGAGGCUUCAAUGCCAGCAGGUACAAGAUGCUCAUCCAUAUCCGCACACACACCAACGAGAAGCCGCACCGCUGCCCCACCUGUAGCAAGAGCUUCUCCCGCCUGGAGAACCUGAAAAUCCACAACCGGUCACACACAGGUGAGAAACCCUACGUCUGCCCGUACGAGGGCUGCAACAAGCGCUACUCCAACUCAAGUGACCGCUUCAAGCACACUCGCACCCACUACGUGGACAAGCCCUACUACUGCAAGAUGCCCGGCUGCCACAAGCGCUACACGGACCCCAGCUCGCUGCGCAAGCACAUCAAGGCCCACGGCCACUUCGUGUCCCACGAGCAGCAGGAGCUCCUACAACUGCGCCCGCCCCCCAAACCACCACUGCCCGCCCCCGACGGCAGCCCCUAUGUCAGUGGGGCCCAGAUCAUCAUCCCCAACCCCGCUGCCCUCUUUGGAGGCCCUGGCCUGCCCGGCCUGCCCUUGCCCCUGGGCCCCGGCCCCCUUGACCUCAGUGCUCUGGCCUGUGGCAAUGGUGGGGGUGGGGGGAGUGGGGCGGGCAUGGGCCAUGACCUGCCAGGCCCUGUCCUUCCCCUCAAUCUGGCCAAGAACCCACUGAUGCCCUCACCCUUUGGGGUUGGUGGACUAGGCCUGCCUAUGGUCUCCCUCCUGGCUGGCUCCACGGGUGGCAAGGCCGAGGGGGAGAAGGGGCGUGGGGCGGUGCCAGUCAGGGCCCUUGGUCUGGAGGGCCGUAAGACCCCCCUGGAGAGGACUGAGAGUGGCCGCUCCCGGCCCAGCCCGGAAGGACUCCCCCUGCUGCCCGGCACCGUGCUGGACCUGUCCACGGGCGUCAAUUCGGCGGCCAGCAGCCCAGAGGCCCUGACCCCUGGCUGGGUGGUCAUCCCGCCUGGCUCUGUGCUGCUCAAACCGGCUGUGGUGAAUUGAACUCAUCCCAGGGACAACUACCCGAUGCUCACGACGAACAGAACCUUUUCUGCGAAAUAGCAAUAAUGUCCUUCUGCCCCCGGGGCCUGGUUGGCUGUCCCCCCGGCAGCCCCAGCCCCAGACAAGCUGGGUGGCAAGGAUGGUGCUAGGUCAUUGCUGGGGUCCCAGGCUCCCAAGGGACCUUCUCCCACUGGCCAGGGAGACCUGAGCCCCUGGGUGCUGAGGCCUUGCUCACCUCCAGCCCUCAGUCUCCUGGCCCUGUCCACCCUGGUGCCUCCCUCACCCAGUGGCCAACCUGGACAGGUCACCCUCCCUCCCUCCCUCGUCACUUGCCAGCCACAUCCCAGCAGUGGGGGCAGGUGGGGUGGCAUCUACCCCCUGCCGGCCCAGGGCUUCUGCGCCCCUUCGUGUGGUAAGCUGUGACGAGGAGCCCUGGGAUUGAGGCCCCUACUCAUCCUGCCUAAUUUCACCAGGCUCCUGCCCUGGGGGCUCCUUGGACCCCUCUCCCUCUGGCCCAUCCUCCAGAGGGAGAGCAAGACAGACGCAGCCCCCUGCAAAGCCACAGGAAGAGCCAUCUUAUCCUUAUGACAAGGUGCCUCCUGCUCAGAGAGGGAGGCCUGCUCUGCCCCCUGCCUCUCAUCACCUACCUACUGUCCGAAGCAGCUUCUCUGGUCUGGACGGUGCUCUCCGAAAUGAGGGAACAGCUGACCACUCAGCUGCCUCUUUACCACCGGCCUCCCCGAUCUACCUUAUAGGGAGCCUUGGAGUGUGGGGAAGGGAGGUGCCAGGGCCUCGGGCAGGCCUGGCUCAGGGAACAGGUGGGGUGGGCCUGGCCUGGGGCAAUGUCCCUCUUGCACUUGGGGCUGCAGACACCUGCGGGUUGGUAGGAGGCUGGAAGCUGGCUGGGGAUGACCCCAGGUUGGGACAGUCCUCAUCUGGGGGUGCCAAGUCACAGCCAGCACACAGUAAGGGAGGGCUACAGGCCAGUGCUGGGCACAGGAGCUUCCCAGAGGCCAUGGUCUGAGGCCUUGGGCGUGGGGGGAUGGUGAAGCAGUCAAGACUGGCUAUGGGAGGCCCAGCCCCUCCACCUGGGAGGGGAAAGUUGGUGGAAGCCUGGACUUAUGACAUGCUGUGUCCUUUGGAUUCUUCCAUCUGAGCCCCUGUCCUAGACAUUUUUUAAAUCCCAGAGGCCAGAAUAAGCCAAGGAUGCUGGUGUUCCAGGUGCCCGCUACCUGGCCUAGGGAACGGGCUUUCCCCACCCUGACCCUUCACUGUGCCAGUGCCUGGUCCUUGGCAUCAGUGAGCAAUCCUCCCCUUUCCCUGACAGAACAAGGGAGCUGCAGGACAGCAGUGGGGUCCUAGUAGCCCUGCGGUUCGAGCCCCCCUACUGUUCCUCAGCAGCUCUGCUGACCCCUCCCCUUUUCUGGACUGCCCUUCUGUCCUAGAGGGGUCACCCUGACCCAGCCUGCCCUGACAGGGCCUGGCAGUGCUGGCUCUGCCUCUCUAAGGGGCUGCGAGCAGAACAGGAAGGAGCUGGUCUCCUUCAGGCCCCACCCAGGACCCAGGCAUCCCCACCCCACGAAGGGCCCCAGGCCUUUUAAGUCCCCAGUUGGGGGAUGAGGGGUUUGGGUUUGCAACUGAAGCCCAGGGAGCAGAGGAACAGGGCACUGGAAGAUGACAUUAGCUCAGCAUGUGACUCAGUGAUAGACCAGGCUCAAGAGAGCUGGUAUAUGUGUUGUUGUUGGUUUGUUGUUGCACAUUCCAGGAUAUCAGUAUUUUAACAGGUUCUAAGUGCCUUUCUAUCGUAGCUUAUGUUUUUCCUCCUCUUGGCUCCACUGCUGUUAGCAUAGA